GAACUUCGAACUCCGUUGAGGCAGGACGUCUUCCACUCGCUGCUACUUUGUUCACACUUUGAACUGAUUCCACGAGUGCUUACACAUUACCUACCACUUGCAACACAUCAUCACCUGUGUUAUCGCAUUAUCAGGAUUGAUCAGCAUCUAGUAAUUGCACUGGACCCUUCGUUACAUCCGCAGCAUGUCUGGAGUGUACUUCACGCUGAGAGAUUGAAGACAAGAAACGAGAUGACGAUGGACAUACACCAGAGGGAACGCGAGAGGGAAUUCCUUGCAGGCGGCGGUUCAUCACCCGGCUCCCCUGGCAGCCACAGUCCGACUCCACUGGUCACUCCGAUGGUGGCUCCCAAGGCGUCCAAGAGGAGCUUCGAUGUCGCCUUCCUCAUGGCACCCGACGACUUGAGCAAGAAAAGACAGCAACAGUUGCGACUUGUCACCACCGCUAGUCUUAUGCAAAGGUAUUCACCACCUGUAGUUGGAUCCGUGCAAAUACGCCAGGAACCCAUUCCACCCCAACUACCGACAUCACCCUUCGGUCUGCUGAUUCCUGGCUCAAGGGAUUACACCAUGAAAGACACCCCCAAGUCACCAUCACCAACGUUCACGAAAAGCGCUUUCACCAAGGUGACAACAGACACCUCCCGUCUUGAGCUGGUCACUCAUCUGCCUCAUCGUCCUGCGUCUCCUUCGUCGGUGUCAUCUGGAGGAGGGGCUUCACCGGAUGUCAGCUACCAAGAAAGCCUCAGUCCACCAGCGAUCAGUGACAGAUCAUCACCGUAUGCAUCACCAGCCAAAAGUGUACCUCCUUUUUUCGCCACAUCAGGGAAACCAGCUGCUUAUAUUUAUCAAAACUCGGUGAUGAAUUCUAGAAUGGGAGAUAAAAAUGAGGAGAGGAGAGGAUCUCCUGUUGAAAUUAGUAAUAAUCAUCAAGGUGGGAGUAGUUAUUUAGGUUAUGUUAGUAAAAGCCCUCCCCGGAUUAGUAAUCUUGUAGAGAAAGUACCCAAAGUGCGUCCGAAUUUGUUGUACUCUGAUGGAUUUGCACCCUCGCCUUACGGAGGUUUAACAGUGGCCACCUAUCCUUUCCAAACAAACUUCACACCUCCAGUACCCCCGCACCCUCUACUGACAGCGGCGGCCAACGUGACAGCUGCCGCGCUGCUUCCCCCCUCCCUCGCUGCCCUGACACUGCCUGCGCAGAACGUGUGCGCCAAGUGCAACAUCAGCUUCCGUAUGACCUCUGACCUCGUCUACCACAUGAGGUCGCAUCACAAGGGCGAGAGCAACACCUCUGACGCGGCCAGACGGCGGAGAGAGCAGGAGAAGCUCAAGUGUCCCGUCUGCAACGAGAGCUUCCGUGAGCGACACCACCUCACGCGUCACAUGACGGCGCAUCAGGACAAGGAGGGUGACGCUGAUGACGAUAGCGUUACUGACGCGCCGUCGCGGUCACGCGUCGCGUCAAAGUGACCCGGCCGGCGUGGGCUUAGACGCCACAGUCAAGAGCAGCGAUUCUACUUGUAUGACAGUUACCCACAGUUUUAAAAGUGAUUCCCUGACUAAUCACAGUUUGAUAAUGAUUGUUUCAAAAUUCAUAAAAGCAUCUCAGAUUCCUGGGGCAAUAUAUUCCAGUUCCAUGACCAUAUCCAUAUCAAACAAUUAUUCAUUUUAUUCGUCAUAACCUUACAGUACAGUAAAUUGUAAGAAUGAAUCAAAUAGAAAUGAUUGAUUGAUUAUUGAAUGCAUGAAUUGAAGUUAUAAAUAGAUUUCUUCACAGUGAUUGUGAAAAUAAAUCAAUUCAAAUGACACAAAAUAAAAAUUGUAAAUUCCUCCCCAGAAGUGCAAGAUCGAAAAAUAUAAACAAUAGAAUUGAUUCACGUGUCAAAAUAAAUUAAUUUCGCACUAAAUCCUGAAGCUAGUUAUAUUGAACUAUUCUAUGUGAUAUUACCAAACAUAACCUUCUCUAUAAAAAUCAGUCUACUAAUAAGUGAAAUAGUAUAUCCUAGAACUAAAUUCAGAGACAAGUCACAGGGACGAGAAGUGUGUAUAUGCUACCUACCACUAUAGAAGUUGUUACAUCUACUCGUAAUCAAAGUACUAAAACUAAAUAUUUCCAUACUAAUAAUUAUUAUGACAAUUACUUGUAAAUUAGAUUCAUGAUAGUAUUCUUCCACUAAAAAUGGGAAUUGUAUUGUUGAAAAAACUAUGUGAUACAGAGAUCCAACUAUUUGAACUUAAAUUAAAAUAUGAAUGUGCAAUACUUAGUCUAAGUUUAUAACUUGAUAUCCAUCUUAUAGUAGGCUAUCUGAAUAGGAAAGUUAUCUCAUAUUAUGUGCAUUGAACAAAUUCAUGUGAAAAUAUAAUUAGAAAUAUUCAUCGAUGUAAAGUUGUGUAAAUCCCAAAAAUUCAAUAACUUCCCAUAUCGCAGAAUAUUGUUUAUAGAGAUACAACUACAACGUUUCUCAGCUUUGAAUCCUUGAAUGGUGCAGAGUAUUCUAUAAAUAUUAUUCGUAAGUCUAUUGUAAAAAUUGGUGUAUAUAAAUAUGCGCUUGUUGAACCAGCAUAAAUUUGCUAUUAAAGCCUAUUACGUUUCAUUUA